GUGCCACAAGUACUCCUGUUCUUUUUAUAGGCAAUUUAGUAGAGGUGAGUCUUGAACAGUUAUUUGAAGGAGUGUGUAGAGGCCUUAAAAAGUGCUGCAGGAUAGGAAUUCCUUGCAUAAGGAGCAGUGUGGAAGAAAAUACAGAGAUUUGUGUGAAAUGCUGACAAACCAGCAGAACAGAGUAGGACAGUGUGAACAAGUAGGGAGGGGCAGAGCUGUGAAGGGUCUUAAAAGUCAAGUUUGAACUUCAUGCAGUGAGUUAAGUGGAAGGAUUCAAAAAGCGGGGUGAAGUGCCAGGAGUGCUGGGAAAGGAAAAUGCUUUUACCAACUGUUUUGAAUGGACUGGAGAGUGUGCUGUAGAUUUAGGGAAGUUUGCAGUAAAUAAAAUAUAAGAUGAUGUGGGUCUGGGCAGGAGUUAUGGAAGAUGAACCCUUCCCUUACAGAUUUGAUUGACGGAGAUGGUGGCAUUGUCAAUGGUGAUAGAAAUGACAGGUCAGGAGAUGUUAAACUGAAGUGAAUAAUGAGAAAUCCAGCAGGUGUGUCAGAGUAACAGGCCAAGUUUCAGGAUUUAAUGUAGAAAUCGGAAGUGGAAAGAUACAGGUGGAGUGAGGAUGGCUAUUGAAAUUGAGCAAUCAGAGGAGAGCCCACAGAAGGAGGGCAUAGACAGAAGAGAAAGAAGACAAGGAUAGUCGGGGAGGGGGAGGUACAGAGGUCCUGCCCAAGGGGUGUCUGAAGGGAGAGGUAAGAAUAGAAGGAGGAGAGAAUAGUUUUGAAAGCCAAAGGAGGACAAGAAGCUGAAUGUGAUCAACAAUGCAAAAGCAUGAGAGAGGGCAAGGCAGAUGAGGAUGGAAUACAAAGCCUGAGAUUUAGCCAGGACACUUAUUGUCCUUUCUUAGUUAUAUAGUACAUAUAUGAAUCUAAAAUCAGUCCUAUUACACUAAUAUGAUAUGAAAAUGAACAAACAGAAUAAAUCCAUAAUUACAUAAAAUAUAUACAUUAUCUAUAUAAUAGAAAAUGGGAAUCAAGAAGAAGCUGGCCUACUUAAACACUCCAAUUUACAUGCUGAUUAUUUCAUACCCUUCCCUUUCUGAGGUCUCUUCCUGAGUCUAGACAUUCAAGGUGGGUGAGGUAAUAUCUUUUGCUGGACCAUAGUUGGCCAGUAAAAGAUUAUCUCAUCCACCUUGUCUCUCUAAUAUCCUGGGAUCACCAGCUAUACCAUCUCUUCCUAUAUCUGUAAUUUAUAGUCUGACUGAUGCUGCUGCAAGUGGUAGACCAUAGCAAUCCCAGUGAAGUCAAAAGGAGUUCUGUGCAUGAAGAGUGUGUAGAAUUGGAUUUCAUCCUGCAACUAAAUACUAAUGGCUGUUGUAGCAAGCAAGCACUAUGCCCAGCAAUAAGAUGUGUGUACUGCCCAAUCCUGCAAUUUGUUAUGUGUGUGGGCAAAUCCCCUAUUGAAGUCAAUAAGGCUCUGUGAGAGUGCAGCAGUCUGACUGCACAGAGUCAAAUCCAGGAUCAAGUCUUUAGAUUGCCAGCCCUUUGGGGCAGGAACUUUUUCUUAUAUAUCCAUAAAGCAGUAUGUUCCCCUCCACCCUGUCAAAACAGUCCAAGUAAAACAAUGGCUCAUAAUUAGCUGUUAAAACAUAUAUGUAUAAAACUUAACAAACCUAAUUUCUGGACUUGUAAAAUCUCAAACUUCAAUUAGACCUGUGGAAAUCUUAAUUGGUACUCCGUUGUCUGCAGAAAGUAGAAAUUACCAAUUCACUCAAGUAUAGUUUUCUUAAAAUAUGAAUUAAAUAAAGUACAUUUCUAAAAACCCGAUCCUUUUAGAGAAAAGCUCUUUAAAUUCCCGAUUGUUUUUUGAAGCUUCUGUGAGUUCAAGCAAUAAGUGCCAUUUACAUAGGGAUAGGAUGUAACAAGUAUUGUAAAUCACUUACAACAGAGUUCACUAAUCUAUUGGCAGACAUUGUGGAGCCAACCCUAACCGAGCUUUGGAAAAUGUGUGAACAACAUCUUUUGUGGGGGAGACCUGAUGGCAAUUAGACGAUACUUAUCUGGGCCUUUGAUGUUUGUUUACAUAAACAACAUUUUCUUUGGGACUCCCUUUAUAAAAGAAGCAACCCAGAGAGAGGAAUUCUCUGACUCUGCUGCUCAAAAAUCCAUCCUCCCCUAGUUUGUGUUGAAAUAGAAGACCGCCAGGAUGACCAAGGCCCCUUUCUCUGUAGAGUGGCUUUCCCAGAGCAGCCAGGACACCUAUGAACCACAGCAAAGGCCCAGUAGCUACGCAGAAGGCACUCAGGGCAGGACUUCUGCAUCACAUGGAUUGCUCACCCGGGUCGGAAAUCCAGUCUGCAACUCCAGAACAAACCCACAACCGCACCAAACCGCAAGCCAAACAGGGAAGAAGGGUGAACGUAUAAAGACCCCGGACACCUCUUCUAAGAACGACCCCAGGAGUGAGAAGCUUUUUGAUUCUUCCUCCUCUAUAGCAGCACCAGCCGCAGCCAAGCGGGCGUGGAGCGCCGCGGAGUCCGGUUCCGACUGGGAGGGCGGCCGCUCGGAGUGCCAAUCCCCCGAGGAGCCCGGCGGCAGGGGCAGCCGCCGCUUGCGCACCGCCUUCAGUGUGGAGCAGAUCAGCACCCUGGAGAGCUCCUUCAAGCGCCACAAGUACCUGGGCUCAGCCGAGCGCCGCAAGCUGGCCGCCAAGAUGCAGCUGUCCGAAGUGCAGAUCAAGACCUGGUUCCAGAACCGGCGCAUGAAGCUGAAGCGGCAGCUGCAGGAGAUGAGGCCGGAGCCCUUCUACAGCCCCGUCCCCUUCGGAGCCCGGGCCGGGACUCUGCCCCUGCACUACGUCUACCCGGCUCAGCAGCCGCUCCUGGCUCACCUCCCCAGGCCGGAGGCCGUACCCGCCAGCUUCGCCUUCCCAGCACUGCCAGCCUCUGCCCUGAGCCCCGCCAGCACGUUCCGGGGGGAGCCUGGCUUUUGGCAGGCGCCCUGCUUUGUGGGCUACAGAGACUCCGGGGCCUUCUUGCUGCCCGUUUGAACCCGCGGGGCUGGCCUGUGACUCAGAGAAGGAUUUGCACUAACGCUGGCUCUGCGGAGUCGCCUAGGCGUGCAACUGCCUGCUGUGUUUGUGAUGCGAUCUCCUCGUACAUAGCGACAAUAUUUUAUACGGACACUUACAUGCGGAUAAUGGGGCCGAGUAUAAAACCAAACACUUACCAGCUUUCACUCUACUUCCUUGCACAAAUCCUCGGAGCCCUUACUUGCCAUAACCGUGAACACAACCUCUUUCUUUCUUUCCUUCCUCCCUCCCUACUAAAUUCAGGAUGUCAACUAAUCUGCAAAGCCCUGACCCAAACCCAACCCUUCCCUUCCAUGGGACCCGGAAUAGGCUCCUAUCUAGAUUUGCAGUUUGAGCUGGUUUAAUAGACUCUGCUUGGAGACCACCUUUUAAGGAAGUGGGUUGAGAGUUUAAGAAUAAUAACCGGGAGAAACUCAAUACCCUGCCAAACCACCCAGCAGCCAACAGAGUGUUGAACCUUGCAGUAUGCACACAGUGGGUGAAAUCAUGUGCUCAUGGCAAAAUUCCCAUUGACUUCAAUGGACUUGACUGCGUCCAGGCUUUCACAUUGUGUUGAGUUUUAGUGCUGCUGCCUGAUCCUUAUUACAGAGGCUCCUAUACGUGCCCUGUUCUAGUUAAAACUGUUACAAUUAUAGACACUCCAACAUUAUCCAAUUUAAAUCACUAGAAGUGAAAUCCUAGGUCAAUUGAAGUCAAUGGCAAAACUCCUACUGAGUGACUUCAGUGGGGCCAGGAUUUCACCAUAGGAAGUUUGCUACUGACACAAACAGGAACAAGAUUGGGCCCUGUGUCUUCAACUACUCCCUGGGUGGCUCUGCUUCUAUUUUAUUUAAUCUGACAGCACUAAUAUAUACUGACCAUAGGAUUCAUUUUCAGAUUUAUUCAUGCAUCUAAAAUAAGGUGUUAAUAUUAGGGAAAUCAGCUUCCUACAUUUAAGCAUACAAUGAUAAGUCUAAAAGAUCUGUCCAAAAUAGGGCCUGCCGCUCUUAUUAACAUGAAAAGCAGAUAGCUGCACCGGUAGGAUUACUCUUGUAACCUUGAGCAAGGGCUUUCAGGAUCAGGCCAAUCACAGUAGUGACUGACCUGGAGGAACUGCUAUGUUUUGCAAGAUCAGAAAGGAAUGGAAGACAGAUUUACAUGAGAGGCCCUGAUAGUCUGUGGUGGAACAAGUGUGACACUGACAAAACUACAUAUAUGUGUGCAUAGCAGACUGGCUGGUGCACAUUACCUUUUAGUAUUUAUACACUAGUGCUACAUUUUAAAUGUAUUUUUGUGUUAGCCAACCAAUUAUUGGGGAAUACCUUUUAAAAGACCCACCCAAAAUGUCUAGACAAAUUAGAAAGGCAAUUAGUAGGCAUUUUUUAAAAGUAUAAAAUUUUAACUUCCCACCCUGAAAAACACUACCCAGCCCUUUAAGAUUUCUUUAUACCAAGUACCGUGAAAGGGUACUUGUCCUUUUGUUUGCUUUUGUUUUAACAAAUUAACAGGCAAGAAUAAAUAAUCAACCAAGUGUAGUUAAAUGACAAUGUUAAAAGUAUAGAUGUUCUUGGAAAUGUUGUGCCUCUGGGAAGCCUUCUGAAAAAUAACACCGUUACUCACAUGAACUGAUCCCACCCAGACUAAUCCAGAUUUACGUUUCUAUUUACUCUUAUCAUUGAUCCAGCCUUGCAACUUCUUCAUCAGUUUAGACUCCUGUCAGUCCGGGGUCCCACCAUAAUGAUACUCGGAAACUCCAUAGUAUCAACCAGGUGUAAGGCUGCCUACAAUAAAAUCAAAGAUAAAAGUAUUGGUUAGUCUGGCCCAUUUAUAUUUUGCUGUGAGAUUC